AUUGCUUUUGGUACUGUUCCUGUAGCUUGCCCCUUCAACCUCGUGGCUUUUAGUUAUCUUGUUGUAUAAGUUUUUAAAGCUAAUCUCUUUGAGUUUCAAGCAAGCAAAAAUGGGUUCUAAAUCAUCAGAUCAGAAGCCAAGAGCUAAGCACAGAAAGGGGUUAUGGUCACCUGAAGAAGACCUUAAGCUUAGAAACUAUGUCCUCAAACAUGGCCAUGGUUGCUGGACCUCUGUUGCCAUCAAUGCAGGUUUACAAAGGAAUGGGAAAAGUUGCAGAUUAAGGUGGAUUAAUUACUUGAGACCGGGUUUAAAACGAGGGAUGUUUUCACCUCAAGAGGAAGACACUAUCUUAACCCUUCACCAUUUGUUAGGCAACAAGUGGUCCCAAAUUGCACAAAAUUUGCCUGGAAGAACUGAUAAUGAGAUUAAGAACUAUUGGCAUUCCCAUCUGAAGAAAAGAGUUGCAAAAGCUGAAGAACUGGAACCUCAAACCAGGACCCCAUAUACCACAUCUAGCUCGGAAAACACUGAUUCCGCUUUGUCUCCUCGAAACUUAGCCAACAUGCGAAUCCCGAGUUUUGAAUCCUUCCAUCACAUCGAAAAGCCAUUGAUAAGUACCGAUCAAACCGUUGCAAGGCAAUUAAACUUCUCUAACGAGCCUCACGGCAGCCUGAUGCCAACGCUUUUGUUCGCAGAGUGGUUAUCAAUCGAUCAAGAAGGUGAAAGUGUCACGAAUUCGGCUUCCUUAAAUGGAUUUAACCAUGGUUUGAAUUCAAAUUUUCAGGACCCUUUCUUGAGUGCAUAUUUAGGAUCAUUUGACAUUGAUUUUCCAGAUGGGUUGAGCUAUGCAUCGGUGAAUGACGAAAUGUUUACCUCAGAAUUCAAAUUCGAAACCCAGAUUUCAGAAGAACUUCUUGGUAAUGAAAUAAACAAUGAUUUGAUGUACACAUAAGGGCAUCUUUUACAUGGCCAAAUUUUUCAAGGGAGAAUAAUUUCUAUAACUUAGUUAGUAGCAAAAAAAA